GCGCGCUUCUCCUUCGCUCUCCGGACGAGGCGGGCGGUCGCUAGUGGCAGCGGGUGGAGGCCGCCGCUUGCGCCCCCAGGAAGGCUCCGCCGAGAGCGCCCAGGCUGCUGCCGCUGCUGCUGCCGCCGCUGCUCGUUGGGGCCGCCGCGGAUCGGGGACAUUUCGUAAGGCACCGCCGGAGGAGGACGCGAGAUCUGCGCUUGUGCAGCGGCGGUGGCAGUCAUAGCAGCAGCAGCAGCAGCAGCGAGCGAGCAAUAGCGGCAGCCGCUUCUUCGUCGCUUCCCUUCGGCGGCCCGCAGAAGGGACAUCAUGCCGAAAAGAAAGGUGCGUGGAGGUCGCCUCCAGGUCUGAGUUAGAGGGAGGCAGGGCGAGGGGAAAGAAACGCACAAUAAAAAGAAAACGCAGCCUUUUGCAACGCGCGGCAUUUGCGUGGUUCCGGGAGGCCGCGCGGGUCGUGCACGACUUCAGCGUUGCUGCUGCUGUUGUUGUUGCUGGAAGCGCCUGUUGCAAGAGGCGGCUUGUCGGGAGAUCUCUGUAGUGUGACAUGUGCGUGUGGCCUUCGACGUCUUGCACGUUUUAAUGGCGUGUGUUUGUGUAUGAUACAACCAGCAGUGUGGGCUCCUCGCUCCGUCCUUAUCUAGUUGUCCCCGGAGCUGCUUUUGCAGCCACAACUCUUGCGCGCUCGCUGGCGCAACGUCGCGGCGGCAGCGCUGCCGCCGCUCCUUUCUCCGCCGGGGGAAGAGUUGGCUGCUGACAAACUCCGAGCGGGAGGCUGUGCAAACUGCCUCUGUGUGUUGUUGUUAUUGUGUGUGUGUUUGUGUGCAUCUCCCCCUUCCCUCCCCCUUCGGGGACCUGCGCCCCUGCCUUGCGCCUGCCUCUUGUCUCCCUUGCAGCCUUGAUGAUGGUGGUGGCGCCAAGGUAACAUGGAGAGACGGGGAGGGGGCAGACCAGAAAAGCCAUAUUUAGACCAAACGACACCCUUCUCCUCGCCUCCCGUGACAGACCCCGUAUGUACCAACUCCGGUGUCAAUCAGGACAGGAGGCGGCAUCGACGGCCUUGGGCAGCACAGGCUGCCGGGGAUCUGCUUGCAUACGAAGGCGGCAAUAACAACGGAGAGUUUCCAAAGAGCACCCAGGGAGAGCGCUCUGGACGGCGGGGAGGAGCUCGGCACCCUCGGGGAGGAGAGAGGGGAGCCGAGAGGGAGGCCUCCCCGCCGAUGCGCCGCUUGGCCUCGGAGAGUUUCCCACCCCCGCUGCCCAUUCCUCGUUUCCUUGUGCAGCUGUUGGGGAUUUCCUGCGCCCCCUGCACUGCACUCCCCUCCCUCCCCAAAUUCAGAUCUCGUGCCUCCCCCUGCACGCUUGGAUUUGGUGGUAUGUUCCUUCCCUAUCUCUCGAUGCGCUUGUUUCUGGCAGGUAGUUGAUUUUGCAUUUCACCCAGAAGCCAGCAAGGCAGGGCUGAAAUGCUCAGAGGCAGUGCUCCCCCCCCCCGGGGGUACUUAAGGGUACCCCCGCCCCCAAAAGUUAAAUGUUAAAAGUGUGGCAUUUACUGUAACAACUUCAUGGUGAGUACCAGCACCUUUUUUAAAAAGAGCGUGAAAAUGUAUUGUUUUCCCCAAAAUGGUGCCCUGAAGAAAUUUGGGGCUGGGAACUUCACGGGAUAAAUUCUGAGGAGUUUGCAAGUCUAUUAAUCCAAUGUAAGCAUGUGUAACCAAAACAACAACAACAUAGUCAAGGGAUAGGGAAUCUGUGGCACUCCGGAUACUACAAUUCCCAGCACCUCAACCAUUGGCUAUGCCAGCUGGCUCUGAUGGGAGUUGGAGUCUGCAGUGCCGCAAAAGAGGGCUUUCUCUACAUAGAAAUGGAAUUUCUACAGAGGUUCUGUAGAAGUUAAUAUCUGAAUAAAAGGUGCCGAUGGUUUUCUAAGGUUGUUUAAAACAUUGAAAUAAAAAAUGCUGUGCGGUUUUGACAAGAGGAAGAGUAAAUCCAAACUUGACAAAGUAAAACCAAUACACCUGGCUUCGGGUGCCUUUUCUUGUCUCUUAACAGCUUGUGUCCUUUCCUUCUCAACCCCUCUUUUUAUCGCCCUCUGUAAUACAGUCGUACCUCAGAAUCCGUUUCGGAAGUCCAUUCGACUUACAAAAUGUUCGGAAACCAAGGCACGGCUUCCAAUUGGCUGCAGGAAGCUCCUGCAGCCAAUCAGAAGCAACGAAAGCCGCAUCGGACGUUUGGGUUCCAAAGAACAUUCGCAAACCAGAACACUCACUUCCAGGUUUGCGGCGUUCAGGAGCCACAACGUUCGACUCGCAAAGCGUUCAACUUCCGAGGUACGACUGUAAAGAAUGCAGAUAACCAUAUUAUCAAGAAAAGUAUGAAACUCUAGAGCCAGGGAUUUCAACUCAAAUGGUAUUUAGAUAUAUUUUGAAGUUUUAGCCAUCAGUGGACUGGAAGAAUCAAAGUAUUUGUGCAGAAAGAAACCUAUCAAUUACUGAACUAUAAUACAGUGAAGGGUCAGCACUCUAAGCUCUUCCAGUUAGGCUUUCACAUGUCUGCUGCUGUACUGAAAAUACUGAAUUAGCACUAAGUAAACCAGAGGGACGCGGGUGGCGCUGUGGGUAAAACCUCAGCGCCUAGGACUUGCCGAUCAAAUGGUCGGCGGUUCGAAUCCCCGCGGCGGGGUGAGCUCCCGUCGUUCGGUCCCAGCUCCUGCCCACCUAGCAGUUCGAAAGCACUCUUAAGUGCAAGUAGAUAAAUAGGGACCGCUUUAUAGCGGGAAGGUAAACGGCGUUUCCAUGUGCUGCGCUGGUGCUGGCUCGCCAGCUGCAGCUUUGUCACGCUGGCCAUGUGAUCCGGAAGUGUCUUCGGACGGCGCCGGCUUCCGGCCUCUAGAGCGAGAUGAGCACGCAACCCCAGAGUCGGACACGACUGGCCCAUACGGGCAGGGGUACCUUUACCUUUAAACCAGAGUUUUAGUAUGGGAUUUAUAGCCCAAUACUGCACUAGAACAUUUGUUUUCCCCAAAACCCUUUCAUAUAUAAUGCUCAGAACAAAUGUGCCGUCACCAAGACUGGAAGAGGCCAACUUUUGAGGUUUACUGUGAAGCUAUAUGAGUAGUGUUUUGCACCGUUUUGCACAGUAAAGAAAUCUUGUCAUGUGACAUAUUAAGCUAGAGGGAUGCAGUUAUGCUGUUUUGGACACAGGACUUGGUGGUCUUAUGGUGGAGCCCAAUGGGUUUUACUUUACUUUCUUCAGAAUUGUAGUAACUGGGGAACUUGGUCAUUCUGUAAAGUAGGACCAUAAAUUACUGCCCCAAACACAACUCUUAACAGCAGCACUGUGGAAUUUGCUGUGCAUAAAAGGGAAAUUUGUUUUUAACGCUUUGCCUUUGCAGGUCUGGGUAAAGGUAAAAGGACCCCUGACCAUUAGGUUCAGUCGUGACUGACUCUGGGGUUGCGGUGCUCAUCUCACUUUAUUGGCCGAGGGAGCCGGCGUACAGCUUCCAGGUCAUGUGGCCAGCAUGACUAAGCCGCUUCUGGCGAACCAGAGCAGCACACGGAAAGGCCGUUUACCUUCCCGCCAGAGUGGUACCUAUUUAUCUACUUGCACUUUGAUGUGCUUUUGCACUGCUAGGUUGGCAGGAGCAGGGACAGGGAUUCAAACCGCUGACCUUCUGAUCAGCAAGUCCUAGGCUCUGUGGUUUAACCCACAGCGCCACCCGCGUCCCUGCAGGUCUGGUUAGGUGACAGUAAAUGCAAAUGCAGCUUUAAGUCAGACAGUGACCUGGUUUGUACAUAAUACUAAGCUGUGUUUUGGACAGACAGUGAGCUAACUAUGAGUUGUUCUAGAGAAAAACAAGCUAUGGCUUGUUUCUCUAAAGUUUGCCCUGAUUUCCACCAGCUCUUGCUUCAUGCUCUUGUAGUUUAGUGAGCUGCUGGGGAAGGGUGGUCAAGCAAACCAUGGUUAAAGAAGGGUGCUUGGUUUACAUAUAAUGCCAAGCCAUGGUUAAAAGAAAUGGAUGUUUGUGUAAGCCCAACAACAAACCAUGGCUUCAGAUCAGCAUUAUGUGUGAGCAAGCCACUGGUUUCAGAUGCUCUGUGGUUCUUUAAACUCAGCUCCACCCAUUGUUACAGCUUUUAAUGAUUUGUUGUUAGACCAUUUUAUUUUAAAAACAUUUUAUUUACAACCCCCCUCAGUCGUUGUAAUGUUAUCUUUAAAUGAGAGGUUGCCGGAGGGGAGGUUUCACUAGUAAAGCAAGCACAUUGAAUUGUUUUUAGGGUUUUCAACCUGAAAAUAUCAGCUCCUGAUGUAAUAUUGGAUCUUUAUAGUGAACAGAGCAAUCCCGUUUUGCAUGUAUGGGAACCAGUAGCUCUCCAGAUGUUGUUGGACUGAUCACUGGCCAUGCUUGUUGGCACUGAUCUGAGUUGGAGUCUGCAGGUUUCCCCUAUCUGCUGUACAACAGUUACAUUGAGGGGGCAAUCCCUGAUUUCCAACCACUCACCCACUAGUUUACUUUCUGUCUUUGUCCGGCCAACUCUCUGACCACGCUCUCUUGAAGUUACAUCCUGAAGCCAGUUGAAGCCAGAUCAAAUUAUUAUAGAAUCAUAGAAUCAUGUGAGUAAGCGGAUCCCUGUCUACCACUUAAAAACAAACAAACAUGUUAUUGUAAAUAUAGAAAAAGCAUUCGUGAUACUCAUUCAUCAUACUAUAAAUAACAAAUAAAGAAGAGGUUAUUCUAAACCAGAGGAAAUAGUAAAAACAGAUUUCAGACCUUCAGAUUUUCAUUCCAGAAAGGUUAAAAACCACACACGUUCUCUGUUGGACAGCAUCUAGGAUGGAGGAGUUCCUGAUGGGGAAAUAAAUAAUUGGGUGUCACUAGAAUUGCAACUUGCAUGUGCAUGCAAAAUGCAACUUAGACUGCAUGCACACUGCAGUUUACUUUCCUCCUUGUGGCUUCUCACUACUAGUUUGGGAAGUAGCUUGCACAGGGCUUUAGCCACAAUCUGUAUCUAUCCUGGUGUUUGUACAGUGGUACCUCGGGUUACAUACACUUCAGGUUACAUACGCUUCAGGUUACAGACUCCGCUAACCCAGAAAUAGUACCUCGGGUUAAGAACUUUGCUUCAGGAUGAGAACAGAAAUUGUGCUCUGGCGGCGCGGCAGCAGCAGGAGGCCCCAUUAGCUUCAGGUUAAGAACAGUUUCAGGUUAAGAACAGACCUUCGGAACGAAUUAAGUACUUAACCUGAGGUACCACUGUACUGCCUUUUGAUAGGUUCUCCCCUAAACCAGCUUUGAUCUGAAUAGAGAAAAAGAACAACCUAGCUGCAUUAUAAGCUGGUAGGUAAUGUGUACACAGCCUUGUUUAGUGAACAGUAUGCACACCCUCCAACGUUUCUCCAGGGAAAAUAGGAACGUCCUAUUCCAUAAUGAUUUUACUGUUUAUACCCCACACAUCUUACUGGUCUGCCCCAGCCACUCUGGGCAGCUUCCAACAUAUAUAAAAACACAACAGAACAUUAAACAUUUUAAAAACUGCCCUAUACAGGAUUGCCUUCAGACGGCUUAGGGGGUCGGAUAAUUCCAUACACUCCAACAUUUCUCCAAUGAAAAUAGGGACAUCCUAAGGAAAAGUGGGACAUUCCAGGGUCAAAUCAGGAACUGGGAUGGCUUCUCUAAAUCAGGGACAUCCCUGAAAAAUAGAGACACUUGCAGGGUCUGCAGUAUGAAACCAGUGACUGAAAAAGGACUGUGGUCCUGCUUCUUUGUAUUCCCAGCAGAGCAGCAGUGUACAUGUGUAUGUACUAGUACCUUGUACAACUAGGCUGCAGUUGUAAAAUACAUUCCCAAGACAGUAAGUUCCAUCUGCAACACCUACUUCUCUGAAGAAGGAAAUUUAGGAUGGAAGUAUGUCAGGGAUUCCCAUCUAGCCCCACAAUCCUAAGUGAAAAUGCUUUGAAAUAAAACCUAUUAAAUUUAACGAGAGAUUUCAAAGUAAGGCCUAUUGAAAGCAAUGAGGCUUCUAAGUCAUUAUAAUUAGGCAUGGGAGUUCAGGCCUGCUAACUAUAUGGUGAAUUUCUUUUUUUAACCAACAUCUCCUGAAGUUUUAUUGUUUUUUUAAUUAUGUUUUAUGGGUAUUUAUGGACUGGUUUUUAUUAUAUUUUGUAUGUUGCAAUCUGCCUAGAAAUUCAUUAUUAAAGUGCAGACUGUAAAUACCUAAAUAAAACAAAUAAGUAUCAGCUUCUCGAUGGGGCACACUUGGUUUUGAACUGAGCACCAGCUCUUCCACUUUGAAAGCAGACCUCUUCACUUUGGCUUCAUUCGUUUAUUUCAUACAAUUUAUAUACCCCUCGGUUGUAAAAAGAAACCUCAGAGUGGUUUACAAAAAGAAUAAAACAAUGAAAUUAUCAGUAAAAAUAAUUAAAAACAAUUAGUUUAAGCAUUCAAAUGAUAAUUAAAAUCUGCACAAGCUUUGUUGUUGUUGUUUAGUCGUUUAGUCGUGUCCGACUCUUCGUGACCCCAUGGACCAGAGCACGCCAGGCACUCCUGUCUUCCACUGCCUCCCGCAGUUUGGUUAGGCUCAUGUUUGUAGCUUUGAGAACACUGUCCAACCAUCUCAUCCUCUGUCGUCCCCUUCUCCUUGUGUCCUCCAUCUUUCCCUACAUCAGGGUCUUUUCCAGGAGUCUUCUCUUCUCAUGAGGUGGCCAAAGUAUUGGAGCCUCAGCUUCACAAUCUGUCCUUCCAGUGAGCACUCAGGGCUGAUUUCCUUAAGAAUGGAGAGGUUUGAUCUUCUUGCAGUCCAUGGGACUCUCAAGAGUCUCCUCCCUGCACAAGCUAACAACGCAUUAAAACACAUAGAAACAUUCUACAUAUCUGGGUAGGAUUGUUUAACUAAAAAUGUUUGUAACAGCCGCUCAAAAAGAGUACAGUAAAGGCGCCUGCCUGAUGUCAGUAGACAGGGAGUUCCAAAGUUUGAGUGUUUCCGCACUGGAAGUUUGAAUUCUUACAAAAGCAGAACAAGUAUUAUGUGGCACCUAUAACAGCUCCAGCUCUGCAGAUUGAAGCGGUUGUGUGGGCAUUCUGUCCUCGCCUCCACUGAGGUACUUUAUUGGUGAUAUUGCUGUUGACAAACGGUAAAUUGCCUGAUAGCUGAGCUUGUUAGGGCUAGAUCAAAAAAGAGCACUUAUGUAAAACAAAUUGCUCAGAUGGGGAGCCGGAGAUUAAUAUAAGUAGAAGUGGAAUGUCACUAAAGCUGGGUGACUUCUGAAGCCCAACUCCCUGCUGCUUUACAAAAUAAAUAAAUAAAAUGUAUUAAAAAUAUUCACGACCUGGCAUUCCGCUAUAUACCUCAAGAUGUUCUGUAUUCUGUAACAUUGGAAAUCACCUUUCCAGAGUCAGCUUCUAAGUGUGCUGUUUUUUUUGUAACCCAGUCAAGCAGUGCUAUCAUAACUUACACCUCUGCCAUUGAAUAUCCAGCAGUUUUGCAUCCACCUACCCCUGGGUAGAGGUCCCUUUACCUUUACCCCUGGGCAGUCCUUAAAGACCACCAAAAAUGGUGGGACGUUUGCUUUUUAAAAAGAAAAAAAAGACCACAAUUCUAAUGGUAGUUGUAAUGAGUAUGGGUUGCUCGUGCGUAAGUUGCCGCCUCUCCUGGCUAUGUUGCCUUGUUUAAACCUUUCUGUCUGGACAGCCCUUCACUUCGUGGCUGCCUCAGUCGCUAGCAGAAUCCGUCAGUUGGCGUUUCUUAAACCUUUUCCAACAUAAAAGUUGUUUGACGCCAAGUCUCCUCCUACUCUCCCUGCGCGGAAGCCUUCCGCGCAGGGAGGGCGUGGGUAGCGGAGGACCCGUGCUCUCCCCGCUGGUGUCCAGUGAAGAGUCCUGGAGCCCUCUCGCCGAUUCCCCCAUCUGCCCCCCUUUAUUCCUGGUGUUGCGCUGAUUUGCUUCCCCAUCUGCUGAGCUGCCUCUCUCCCUGCUGGGCCCUUCUCCAGCAUCAUUUGAGAGCCUCCCCUCCGCCUCUAGCUCCAAUGUCAGUUCCCUGACAGUAGUGUUUAAACUUUAUAGACAUGGAAGCAAAAGUAAAAGAUAAAGCAGCGUGUGCCUAUUCAGGAGCUUUAGAUAUGCUUUCACAAAAACUCGUUUGCUGUACUGUGUUCAGUUGUAACCUCUGGUAUGUAGCCUCGUGUUCUGUGCUACUCUGCAAGGAAACCAGUGUGUAGGUAGCCUUGGCCCAGGAAGCGAAACCAUACUACCUUCAUAUCCUGCCCUAUACUAAAUCUGCUGGUUUGUAAUGACAGGUACCUGUCAAGGCUGUGCAGGCCAAUAAAUCAAUACAGAAAUCUUCAGCUUUUUGCCAGGUACAGCAAACAAUAAUGUUCUCUAGAUAGCAGUUCCCAAUUUAAAAUAAGCAAGUGUCCAUAAUCCAUAUAUACACACAGGUUUUUUUUAAAAAAAGAAAGGAUGAAUCAGAGAUGAGAUUGCAAAUAGGUUUUCAGCAGAUCAGUAAGAAUGUUAGACUCAAAUGGAUCAAUUUCGUUGAUAAGCUCUGUACUCCCAGAACAGUUCGUACAAAUGUAAAAGAAGACUGUUGAUAGUUGAAAUGUCCUACAACUUACAUUCUCAUUCCUGGACCACAAUUUAGUUACCCAGGACUGAAUUGGAUGGGGUUGGAUCCAGGCUAAAGUUAUUUGAACCUGGUUCUUGUUAAAAUCAAUGGGAUUUGAGUUAAAUUCUGACUAAUGGCUGAUUAAAUUCAGUGGAACCCAAGCUUAACUAACUUUGUCUGAACCCACAGAUUACAGUGAAACUUUUGAAGCAUGUUCUGAGGUUCUAGGCUGCGAGGCUGAGACCUGAAGCUACAUUUUAUUUGAAAAUCAACAGUAUGUAAUUGCUCUGUUCAUUAAAAUGGUGCCUCUUUAUUAAUCAGGGCAGCAGAAGUUUUUUUAAUGCAAGUGUUGGUAAAAACUUCAGUAGCAAGGACUAUCUUGAAAGAGGCAUUCUCUCUUUUCACACGUACAGUAGGAAUGCCUUCUCUUAAAUGAUGCCAGGUAUUGCAUGUGUGUGCAUUAUCUAAAAACAAAGAAAAUGUGCCUCUGUCUUGUUUCAGAAAUACAGUGGUACCUCGGGUUAAGUACUUAAUUCCUUCCAGAGGUCCGUUCUUAACCUGAAACUGUUCUUGCCCUGAAGCACCACUUCAGGUUAAUGGGGCCUCCUGCUGCUGCCGCACCGCCGGAGCACGAUUUCUGUUCUCAUUCUGAAGCAAAGUUCUUAACCUGAAGCACUAUUUCUGGGUUAGUGGAGUCUGUAACCUGAAGCGUAUGUAACCCGAGGUACCACUGUACUAGUUUGGAUUCAGCUAGAGGCGAGCAGACAGAGGUGUUGUUUUGUGAACUGUUGUGAAAUGUCGUUUACAAAUGGAAACACACCUCUGGUUUUUAGUCGUCUUUUUCUCACAAAAGGAUCUUGCACUAAACAUGAAAAAGCCCUUCCAUGUGUGGAGAAGCCCUUUGCUCCCGUCUAACUUAAUGUUUGUACCUAUAUGCACAUUUAACUGGUAGAUAUAUUAAUCAAUUAAACACAUACAACUUAUGAUUAAAAAUAUUUAAGAAGAAGAGGAGUUUGGAUUUGAUAUCCCGCUUUAUCACUACCCGAAGGAGUCUCAAAGCAGCUAACAUUCUCCUUUCCCUUCCUCCCCCACAACAAACACUCUGUGAGGUGAGUGGGGCUGAGAGACUUCAGGGAGAAGUGUGACUAGCCCAAGGUCACCCAGCAGCUGCAUGUGGAGGAGCGGAGAUGAGAACCCGGUUCACCAGAUUACGAGUCUACCGCUCUUAACCACUACACCACACUGGCUCUCUCUUUAAUUGGGUUGCAGCCCUAAUUUAAAUAUAUUGUUUGUCUAACAGAAGAUGCAGCAAACCAAAUGCAUAUAUUUUGAUAAAGAGCAAUCACUUUGAUCACCACCUAGAACCUGAGGACAAGCAUUUGAGGCCUUUUUGUGCCUGUAAGUCUGAGUUUGGGAACCUAUGGAUAUGCUACAACUUCCAUUAUCUCUGACCACUGGUCAUGCUGGUUGGUGUUGAUGGGAAUUGGGAGUCCAACAAUAUCUGGAGGGCUACACAGGUUCUCUUUCCCUGCUGUAAAUAGACCUUGGAGGCUGGGUAUUGAGUGGUGUACUGUUGGUUGUUGUGCACAAGUUAUACCUGCUUCAAAUUUAUUUAUAUUAUAUUAUAUUUUAUUUAUUAUUUUCAUAGCCCACAUUUCCUCCCAAGGAGCUUAAGGCAGCAUACAGCAGCAACCCUGUGAGAUAGAAUCAUAGAAUUGUAGAUUGGAAUUAUUAUUAUUAUUAUUAUUAUUAAUACCCCACCCAUCUGUCUGGGUUUCCCCAGCCACUUUGGGCGGCUCCCAAUAGAAUAUUAAAACCAUGAUAAAUACACCAAACAUUAAAAACUUCCCUAAACAGGGCUGCCUUCAGAUGUUUUCUAAAAGUCAAGUAGUUGUUUAUUUCUCUAGAAAGGGUCUUGGGGUCAUCUAGACCAACCCCCUGCAGGCUGAGAGUGAGCGACUGGCCCAAGGUUACCCAGUGAACUUCAUGACCAUGUAGGGGAUUUGAAUCCUGUUCUCCCAGGUCCUAGUUCAACAUUACACUACGUUGGCUCUCAGAGUUGGCUCGGUUGGUAGAGCUUGAGACUCUGGAUCUCAGAGUCGUGAGUUUGAGCCCUCCUAUGGGCAAAGAUUCCUGCAUUGCAGGGGGUUGGACUAGAUGACCCUUGAGCUCCCUUCCAACUUUGCUAUUCUAUGAUUCUGAGCUUCAAAAGUGUUGGUCCUGUGUCCAUUACUGGAUCUCUUGAAUUUACCAGGCUAGAUUCCAAGGGCAAAGACAGAUCAGGAAGGGAUCAGGUACAGUGCAGAGGAGGCACAGGGGUUUUUUCUGUGUCCUGCAAUCAAUUGUGUGUGAGGGUGUACACACUCUUUUUUAAUAAUAAUUUUUAUUAGGCUUUCGAGAAUAAAUAUAAAAGCAGUGGAAGUUACCUGCAGGAUAAAGUACAGUACACUGAUACAGUUGCAGUACACUUUUAUACUUCACUUAGCAAACAUACAUAGAACCACUAUAACAAAUAAACAAACUAAUUGAAACAAAACUAAAUCCCCCUCGCUCCCCUCAGUAGGGUUUUUUUGUUGUUGUUGUUGUUCUCUGUUCUUUUGAUGAAUAAUUCAUGGAGUAAUUUUGAAUAGAUAAUUUUGGCUGUAGAAAUAUAGCAAAGAUUUAAAUGGUUGUGGGGUUUUUUGUGUGUGUGUGUUUUUUAAAAAAGGGGUUAAAACUGUGUAUGGCUACAAUCCAUAUUCUACUGAAGCGCAAGCUCCAUUGAGGUUAAUGGGACUGUCUUCUAACUAAUAAACUAAUAACUAGGAUCAGCCUGUAUAUCAGGAUUGGGAAGAUGCUUGAAAUUCAGAGGGUUGCAUCCAAACAAAUCCUUUAUGUGCACAGAGUGAAUUCUGCAAACACAGUGGAAUUUCCAUUUACUUUCUUUCCCCUGGUGUGCUCCCAAAUCUUCCCUGGGGUCCCCCCCCCCCAUUCUCUGGAGUAGAUUUUGGGGUGGGGAAAUAGAUGGAGGGGUAGUUCAGUUUUGCUCACAGAAGUGAUUUGGAGCAAGCAGUGAUUUAUCUCGAUAAAAUCCAUAGUGUCAGGUUUUUAGCUUGGUGUUGAUGUGCCUGGAGGUUUUUGUUUUUUAGCCCGGUGUGUAGGAACCUGCAUGUGUUUUGAUGUCUUCAAGUCAUGUGGCUAUGUCACCAUGAUCCAAAAAUUUCCUGCAGCUGUUGGAGCUCUGCCUCAAACAUGGUUUCCACAUCCAGAAAUGUUGCCCAGUUUAUUUCAGCGAAGGCUGUCAAUUGCACAUACAUUCCUUUGUGUGACACACACACAGAUAGAUAGAUUGUAUUGACGUAAACAAGAAAUUUGGCUCACAUUGCCCACUGUUUUUCUGCUCUUGGACUCUUCAAGGCCAAGGCCUCACUUUAUUGAACUCUGUGGGCCUUGCUUCUGAGUCAGUGUGCGUAAGAUGGGACUGGCAGUGUAUUAAGCAUUAGCGCCUAGUUCAUUCUCAUUUCAGGAAAGUGUCACUUCAUGAUGUUGACAUUACCCUCUUAAGGAUUAGAAAAUUAUCAUUCUGCUUCCAGUGCAUAUUUUUAGAAUUUAAAUCUUCUCUGUGAAGGAGUGAAACUGUUUCAGCCAUUUUGUGUGCUUUGUUCUUGAUUGUAAAAUGGUUUCUUUUAGUUAGUUUGCUCUUUGCAGGAGGGUCAAAUUUUCAGCCCUAGAAAAGGAAAAUUAAGAGUGAAAUGAAACAGUAAAAUAAAAAGAGGGGGCUGGGAAAGAAAGCAAAGAAAUUGUGGGAGCGAGAAACCCACAGAGAACUCGGCUGCCCUUCUGAUUGGCCAAGACAUUGGAAUAGGGAGCGGAAAUAAUGUAUAUAAGUAAAGCUGAUAAGUAUCGUUUGACCUUUGUUUGAAGAAACGAGAAAGCUAAAAUCAGAGAAAAGAAGCCAGGAUGGAGAGGAGGGAUGCAGUAAACCUAGAAUCCAGAAGCUGAACUGAGAGAACUAAUGACUUGAGUAAGGAAACAAUAUAAACUAGGUUUAUCUGGAUGUGUUUUCCUAUUUUAUAUUUCAGGAGUGGCUCACCUAGUGGGCAGAGCUGCAGCAGUCGCCUCCCGGCAUUGGUGUCAGGUUUGGGGCCCUGCUCAACUUGGCAAGCCACUCCUGAUAUAUUUUUUAAAUUUGCUCUUUUGGUUAACUGUUCAAACUGUUACUAAAAACCGGCUCACUUUAUGUGUGGCCUUACUAUUCACCCCAUGCCUCCUGGCCAGGCCAUGCUACCCAGAGAAAUGGCUAGGCCACUAAAUAAUUGGCAGAGGUGAACAUCCUGUUAUAUGCAAGCAACCAGGGAAUAAGGUAUCUUCUUGGUGGUAGUGUUCAGGACCAAGGAAGAAAGGGCUGGAUUAGCGGGUUUCCUCACUUACCUGCUUCUUACGGUGCAGGGCAGGCUGCGGUCCAUGGUCUCAUACUGAUAUUUUCUUCUCUUAGAUUUCAUUACGUAUUUCAUGGAAGCAUCUACAUAGCUGUGGAAGCACCUUUUAUUACGGUAUGCACAUUUAGUUUGAAGACGCAGGUUGCAACUCAGAACUCUCAAACUACACUGGUACCUCGGUUUAAGAACAGCUCUGUUUACGAACUAUUCGGUUUACGAACUCCGCAAAACUGGAAGUAGUGUCCCGGUUUGUGAACUUUACCUCAGUCUAAGAACGAAAUCCGAACGGUGGAAGGGCACCGGCGGUGGGAGGCCUCAUUAGGUUUUGGUUUAAGAACGGAUUUCCGGAACAGAUUAAGUUCGUAAACCGAGGUACCACUGUACUAGAAUAAGGUACAAAUACAAAAGGUAGUAGUCUAGAGAGGUGCUUUGGCCUACAUAUGCUCUAAAGGACUUUGAAAAGAAAUUAAGUGGCAAUGGUUCAUGCCAGAGAAGAAGCAAUUCUCUGGGAAACAUUUGUACUGACUAAGGGUGGAAUCCUUAUGUUGGCUGGGCUUUCCAGCAUGGCCACAUCUCUGCUGCUCAUAGUGUCCUCAGCCAAAGGGGCAGGGCACUGAUCUGAUCAGGUCUGAUGCUGUCAUAUGAUGGCAGUGAGACCAGCUUGGCAGCCAGCAGAUCCACAGCUAGCUCAGCCCCACCCUGAGAAUGCCCUGUUUUUUGAGGCCUCCCAUUGGCUCUCACCAAUGGAUCUCCUGCCCACCUGCACCUUUGGCAGGUGGAAGCGGGAUAUUGGCAGUGAUGGAGUGACAUGGGAGCCACGCUGAGCCAGGGGAGGACGUAGCCACAACUAGCUUUUUAGCUAAAUCAAGAUCUGGGUAUUUCAAAACAGACCAAUGAUGUGAGGGAGAAAACUUUCCAUUCCAGUCCCUUAUUUUUCCACCGAAAGAAAUCCAUUUCAAGAAGAUUAUUCGUUCCAUCAACAGUUAGCAGCAAUGACAAUAUUGUGUAAGCUCUAAAGUUGUAACUGAUGAUUUUCUGGAUGUUUUUCUUAGGUAGUAUGUUAGAGAGUGUAUAACAUGCGUUAUUGAUUUUUAGAUAGAGGUACAGACAAGUGCAUAUACUAAACCAAACUCAAAUUCAUACUGUAAAUUUACCUAAUUGGCUGUGCAGGUCAGAUUAACACCAAACCUGAAAUUGUUCAAAUUGCUAAAAUGGAAUGGAAGCAUAUCCUGUUGUUUACAUAUUACACUUAAGCUACAUUUAAGUGUGCAUUCUUUAUUCUUGAAUCAAAUACUAUUUACUGUUUAUAUACCUGCUGCUUGGAGAGUUUUAUUUUUUUUAAUCCUUCCCCAAAAUAAAUCAAACAUGUUAAAGCAGAUCACACUGUAAAUAUUUAGGGCGGAUCAGAAAAAAACAUCCAGUUCAAAUCACAGGAUAUGGUAAAGGCUGCUGUUUAAAUUUUAAACGUGAAAAUUCUAUUGAGCCCAUGCAAGCAUGUAGUUUUUAUACAUCGAAAAAGAGGGCUUGUAUUAAUGCUUAUUAGGCAAUUGAUAUAUACAAUAUACAUACAUUGAAUAUUUCAGAAUCUAUGGAAUGCUAGUAGUUGUUCUAUUUUAAUACUUUUUAAAACCUUUCUGAUGUUUAAAAGUCACACAGUAGCAUUGUUAUUUGUAAUUUUCAUGGGUUGUUUUAGGAAGAAUGUCCAUAGAAAGUAAAAAGCUGGUUUAGUUUGCCUAGGUUUUCUGUGAUUGCAGAAUUUUUAUGUCCCACGGAGAGCAAUAGCCAGUAUAUCAACAAACCAAACUAGUGAGAUUCCCAUUGGUUUUUUGAAAUACAGAGUAUUGUGGUAGUGCUUUUGAUCCAUCAUCCCACUCUGAAAACUGAAUGUGUGGUUUGAGAAAACUCCUGGUUUCUUAAAAAAAUAAUUAUGGUUUAUUUGCCAUGCCCAGAGGUGCUAGUCAAAAUUCUGGGGCGAGCAUUUAAACAAUCCCCACCCCAUAAUAUACAUAUAUUAAAUACAUACGUAAUUCUGAUGCCUACUUUAGAAGCUUAGAAUAAAUUUAUGGACUUGUUAAAGGUAUUUCAUAGGCUAGAUAGAAGCCCUAUUCACAUGUUACUCUGUUAUUAGGAGAAAUCUCUACUACCUGUGUUAGACUGUCUGUCUGUCUAUUUUUGUGAAGUGUGGUGCUUAGGAAAGAAUUCCCAAGAAAUGCGGACCAAUGUAGGUGCAGGAUUUUUAAUUGCGCACAACAACUCAGAAAUCUUUAUGAAAACGUCCAAUUUUUCAUGUUUCAGAUGGUGGGGAAAUCUGUUUGCUAAUACUGUACUACUAUAUAAAUAACUUUUGAAAAAGCAGAUACGAGUAAUCACAGCUUCAACAAAACGUGGACAGCAUACUGUACCGAGUUUACAAAAUAUAUUUGGUCAGAAUAUACAUUAAGGCUGCCAUUUUGAUCCUGCUUCUCUAGGACUGAGCCCCAGGGAACUUACUUCUGAGUAGGCAUGCCUUGGAUAGCAUUAUAAGAGGCAUUUUCAUUUUGCAGUUAAAAGGGAACAAAAGGAGGAAAGGAAAACUAGACACAUGCUUAGAACUGUAGGAGCCAGAAGUCCAAAAUAUUCUCCCAGUUCUGUUGUGUCUUUCUCUGUGUUGGAGAGGAUGAGAGCAGCCAUGCCAAUUGUAUUUUAAAAAUCAUUUUUCUACACCUACAAUUGCUGAGCUAUUGGCCUGGUUUGGGAAUAUUUUUCCCCUUCAGUCAGCAGUAAUGGUAAUUGAAGCAGUUAAUAAGGCAAGGCUUAUCAAUACAUUUUGUCUCGUCACUGGCUCAUAGCAACACUGCAUUUAAAUUCAGGAGAUUCUGCAAAAGAAUAAUUUACAAUUAGAUAAGAGUGUCUUAGAGAAUCCAAUUUCACCCUUCACCUCCUUCCACUCAUGCCCCUCAACUUUUGGCAUUUACACCAAAUGUUUGCCACAAUAAAAUAUUCACCACAGCUUAUGAUGAAGCUUUUAUUAUUACUAAGGCUUUUUAUUAACAUGCAUUUUGGAGCACAAAUCUCCUAACUUGCACACUCUCUCUCUCUAUUACUAAGUUAUUAACCUUGAAGAAAUUGGGCAUUAAUUCUAUACAAGGGGCUUUUGCACAUUUUGUUUCUUUUGCGGUUUCCAUCAAGAGUAAUAUAUUAAUACAGUAGAUCUUUAAACUGUUACUGUCUAUAUAUCAUUACAGUCUAUAUAGCAGAACUUUUUUUUUUUUAAGGAAAUCUUUUUUCUUGAAGCGUUUGUUCUUACCCUUAUGGUCACAAGACUGCAGCCUAAAUUUUCGUUCCUUUGCAUACUUACUUGGAAGUAUUUUGUGUAAAGUUUAGAGUUGUUUGUAUGAUGACAUCUGUAGAAUAAUGUAUUUUUAACAUUGGCUCAAGAGAGCCAGUGUGGUAUAGUGUUGGGAUGUGAAAUUAAGAUGUGAAACUUCUCGAACAGUGAUCUUGGCCCCUUCAUAGGAUUCUUGUGUGGAUGAACUAUAUGCUACCUUAAGUUCCUUUGUGGAAGUCUGAGAUUUAGACUACUGGCUGAUUUGGAAGGUCAAGGAAUCAGUUUGAUUGCUUGUAAAAUAAAGAUGGCAGGAGCUGUGAACAGCUAAGUUCACCUCCCGCCCUAGUCAGUGCAAACAUAGCAGUAACUGAUCACAUCUGCCCUAUUUACUGGUGUGGCUGAUCGGAGACCAUUUUUGAGGGAAAGCACACAGGAUACUUACCAUGGGACAGGAUAAUAUCCCAUGCACUUUUUCUAAACAUUUGAAUAAUAAUAUGAUGCUGGUGCCUGUGAAUUAAUUUCAGUUUUGUUUUCCCUGCCUGCUGAGCAGCUGACAUCUAAUAAUCUAAAAUAAUUCCAGAUCUGGGACUCAGUAGAGUUCCUUCUUCUCUCUCUCUCUCUCUCUCUCUCUCUCUCUUGUUAAGGUUUUGCCUCUGAAAUUUCAUUUUAUCCAUCGAAACCUUUAAACAAACCAGAACACACUGGUAAAUUCUAAAAAUGUAGGCUUUGGUUAUCUUUUUAUUUUAUUAUUUAUUUGUGUUGCAUUCUUUUCAAUAUAUCUCACCCAGUGGCAGCUUACAAACAUUGUAAAAGACUGUACACAGUAAAAUCACAGGUGUUUUUAUUAUUUUUAAAAGCCAUGAUUUGGAAAACAAAACACACAGGCCUAUAUUUUCCUGAAACGUGCAAUUCCAGAUCACUGGGCAAGUCUGUCUUGUAAGCAUGCGUCAUCUCCGCAAAGUUCAUUUCCCUCCUUUUGUUCUCUUUCCUUGUUAAAUUUGCAAAUAAAAAAAUGAUUUUUUUAAAAAAAAUCACUAGGCCAUCCACCAGAAUCGAAAUAUAUGCUGGUUUAAGAAUUUUACUGCUUGUAAACCAGACUUGUAACUGCCAUGGCAUGCUCAGUUCUUGUUAGAUGAUAAACAAACCUUGGUGUUUGGGGUUCAGUUAAACAAAAUAAGCCUCUGCGGUAGGCUCAUGAUAAAAUACUGAAAAGUGGGCAAGGUUGAAAACUGUUGCUUUGGGUAGAGAAACCAAGGAAACCUGUUUAUGUUAUGCAUGCUAAGCUGGAAUAAGCCCCACUAAACUCCAUGGCAUUUUACUUCUGCGCAAGAAGUGUGCAUAGACCAGGCAACGUCAGUCUCAUUUCAUGGCUUCACUAAUAAGAGACGUUGUUUGCUUUCAUUUUUGCAGGCUCGCUCAGGUUGAGUAAUCAAGCAGUGAGAAAUCAACUGUUGUACAUGCAUGUGUCUGAGCUGCCUAUUGCUCCCUCAGCUCCUUUCUCAAAAUGAUUCUAUUGAUUACUUGUUUUCAUUACUUCUCUCUUCACUUCUCUUCUACAGUGACUUGUAAAAUAAACUGGAAUACUGUACAUGCGUAAUUGAAUGGUUGUUCUACUUGAAGCUGCCGCUGAGUCUUCUUCUGAAGCCAUUUUAAUUUUAAUUUACAUUAUAUUUUCCCUGAUGGCCCAAAGCAUUUCAGGGUCUGGAGCAUAUCAGUUUUAAAGAGUGAUGUGCUCACUUUCUAGGAUUGCGGCUUGCAACAGAAACCUAAUUCAAUUUUCUUUGCUGAGGCAUUCAGGUCUCCCUUUAGCAGAAAACUGUAAAUGAGAUGUUAGUCACUAAGACUGCAGUGCAAGGGAAUAAGCCUCGUUGAAUUAAGUGGGACUUGCUUCUGAGUAGACAUGUAUAUGAGUCUCCUGUUAUUUACUCAGUGGCCACUCCCACUGAGCUUAGUCCUGAGUAUUGAAUUGCAGUGGUGCUCGGUAAUGCAUCAAUACAUCAUCCAAAAUCGGCUUGAAGUCCACAUCGUGAUGGGGUUUCAUAAUAUUUGACAUGGCAAUAGAUCGUAAUUCACAAUGUGUUUGUGUGCUAUGUAAAAAAAAUGUGAUGUGGGAAAAUCUGUGAAGCUGGUUAUCCUUUCUCUCAUGAUUCCUGCUGCCCUGUUGCUCUGUAUUAUAAAAUAACAGUUAUAAAAAUAUGUUUAAGUAAAAAUGUAUCAGUUUUAGACCCCCUAAGUAGUAGCAGUUGCCAGGACAUUACAGUCGUACCUCGGCUCUCGAACACCUUGGGAGUUGAACGUUCCGGCUCCUGAACGGUUGAAAACCGGAAGUGACUGUUCCGGUUUUUGAACGUUUUUUUGGAAGCCGAAUGUCCAACGGGACUUCCACGGCUUCCGAUGGGCUGCAGGAGCUUCCUGCAGCCCAUCAGAAGCCGUGCUUUGGAAGUCGAACGGACUUCCAGGACGGAUUCGGCUAGACUUCCGAGGUACAACUGUACUCCGUUCGCCUCUACAUGGUUACAUCCUUAUUUCAGACAUUGUGAUACGUUGGUGAUUUAGCUGGUGAUAUAUUGUGAUGUUGAAAGCUGGACAUCACUCAGUCCUAGAUUGUAUCCUUUGUCAGUUUGCCGGUGACAUUGCUUGUGUCCUGGGGAAAAUGGGGCGACCUCAUGACUGCCUACAUGAGAGGCAGGAUGAAUUUGAAAAUCAAUUCCCGUGCCUUAGUUUGGUCCAUUCGUCAUUUCUGCCUCAUGGAUCUCUUAAUAUUGGAGGAGCCCAUGCCUGUGGGAAGCGAAGCAUUUGGUGUUCCAAGAGAUUUCUACAUCCUUGUUAGGUUAAGCCUCAAGGCUCCACUUCAUUCCCUUAUCUUAUCAAUCUCCAGCUGUUGCAUCCCUCUAUGAACGCACCUUGUUAAUCAGCUGGAAACUCAGCUGAGGAAUAUGAACGCCAUCUUUUUUAGGCUGUAAGGCAGCCAGUGUCGUAUCCUUGGGGAAAGCCUGAUUCUUGCCACAAUGAAAAACUUACAUAGACAAGAUUUCAGCACUGGGGUUGUAGCCUGGGAAUUCUGAAGUGCCUUCAGGAUGUGUCUGAAUGCCGUCUUGUAAAUCUGCCAUUUUGUUUAAAGCGAUGUUCUGUUACUGUCAUGUGUAGAAGCAAGGGAAAUACAUAUUUAGCCUGUGCUUUUCUUGUCUCAGUGUUUCUCUGUUAUUGAGGGAAGUUUAAAUAUAUUUUGCAAUUGCACUCCAUUACCCUGACCCCCUAGAGCUAGGCAACGCAGUUGCUGAGCUACCAUUUGACAGGUAUUUUGAUUGACUCUUGUUUGUUAUUAAAACUAAAUAGUGAAUUUUGAAAGCAUUUCAGGCAGUUUAUUUCAUGUGUAAUUUAAAGCUACCUUUAAUGGGAAAUGCAAAGCCAGCUUCAGAGAUGUUUUUAAAACUGGCAAGGUCAGAUGCUCUAUCCCUGAUUAAAAUGCGUGUAUUAGAGACAGAGCAACCUAUUGCUAUCAUGUUUCACCAUGAAGUCAAGGUUGCGCUCAUCACUGCUGCUCUGAAACACGUAAAGCACUGAAAAUAAGAGUAGUAUUUUAGAGGGAUAGAAUAAUGUGUAAUUCUUGGCUUUUGCUUUCUUAUUUCUAUCCUGCUUGUCUGAUUUAAGGAAGUAGAAUGUAGUGUAACUAACUAAAUUCUAUCAUUUCCUUCCUAGUCUCCAGAGGGUGCUGAAGGCAAGGAUGCCGCGAAACUAACAAAACAAGAGGCAAGUGUGACUCCCUCCUUCGUUUCUCAACCAUUCUUUAUAAAUUGGUGACUUUAUAAGACAAAAUACUAGCGAGACAGUAGAGUUAGCUCACAUGUAGCCAAAGUGCAACUUAUCCGCUAGUACAUGCAACUAUCUGUGAGGGGUGAGUCAGGCCUGAAAUAGUUUGUGUGCUGUGUCAUUCAUAUUCAAAAUUAACAGUACAACGACUAGCUCAUAUUCUGGGUCAAUGAACAAAACACCCACCCACACCUGUGACCUGAUAAUUUACACAAGUUAAAAUAAAUUUGCUUGCUGAGUCUGAUUUUCUGCUGGAUUUAAGAGAACGACAGGAAACUGCAGACCUUCAAAACGUCAUCUCCUGUGCUUCUGCAUAGAUUCCUUGAUUCUGAAAUACUAUACUGCAAGCACUGGCUGAAUAUAUUUUCAGCAAUAAGAGCCAUAAGAAAAGAGUGAAAUUAAACACUAAGAUUGUGUGUGUGUGUGUGUGUGUGUAUUGCUUGCUUUCAGAUGGCGGCUGGCUGGUCUAGCUCCAUCAGAGAGCACUCCCUUUGCAUGCAUGUUAAAUCACUGGCAUCUUCAGGUGUCCCUGGUCUGAAACUCUGCAGAGCCUGUGACAGCCAGUGAAAAUCUUGAUAUGGCAAAAUCUGUUUUCUGGCCACAUCAGAAAAGCUAUUACAGAAAGUUCAUUUACACAGAAGAUAUUGAAAAAGCCACAGUUUUAUCCUGUCUGGCAUGACUUUAUUAUUAAUAUAUAAUGAGGCAGAAGAAGGACCCAGAUACAACAGCAGAUUAUGGAAGUUUGUGGGCCUCUUAAUAGCUAAAAGAGACUUGAUGUGGAAGAUCAGUGACCAGCAUCUUGGAAAUUCUGUCUGCCACUGGGGUGUGGGUUUGUUUAGAGAAACCUGGUCCUGUUAUUCCUUGUAGGGUCCUUGCAGCCAUGAUAAUAGACUGAACCAAGCUAUAAUUAUUUAUUAUUACACCAAUUUUCUCACUAGCAUGGCACAGAUUGUGGCUGCAUGGAAUAUACAAGCUCAGCUGAGACUCGUACUGUUUAUUAUGGAUCGUAUAUCGUUGACACGUUGUCUGAAUGCCUUGGGAAGGCUUGGUUUUAAAAGCAGCUUAUAAAUGAUGAUGACGAUGAUAUCACUAGGCAGUAUAAUGUGCUGCUGUUUAAAUUCUGUAAGUUCCCACUUCUGUCUCCUAAAUCUGAGAAUAUGUACAAAGGCACUGUUGAGUUGGAAGACUUAACUCUGAGGGCAUGUCUGCUCUACAAGUGAACUCGCUUCCGUCUGGCACUGCCUUUGUUCACUUCACUGGUCUGCUGCUGAGGCAGCCUGGAUGCCCUGGCCUGCUCCUUACGACUGGGACAGUCUCCAGCUUUGGAUCUCUUUGGGGGGCAGCUUGAAGCAGCUUCUGCUGCCAGUCAUAAUCUUAAGGUUGUUUUUUGACAGCAGCCGCCUUAUUUUGCAUUUCUCUUACUCUUUAAAAACAUUUUCUUCCUGGGAAGCACAGCUGAUAGACUUGCGCAAAUCAGACAGGUAGGUAGAAAACAGCAGCGUGGUGAGAGUUUAUCAUUGUUCCUGUUUCUAUAAGCCUGGAACUUACUCAGGGGCUACAUUCUGGGGAUUGCAGCUAAAGCCAAAAUAAUGCAUAGUUUAAACACAUUGGGUGCAAGUGGGAUUGCCAAAGACUUUUUUCCCCAGAUGCCCAUCCCCGUUUUUAUUUUUUUGCCAAGCACAUAAAGCUGAAUGCACGCAAGUUAAACGCACAUUAGUUGCAGGCACACUGUAUACAGUUCCAUGCAGACUGUAUUUAUCAGGUAGGGGCCAUAGUUCAGUGGCAGAACAUCUGCUUUGCAUGCAGAAGGUUCCAGGUUUGUUCCAGGUUUGGGGAUGGGAAUGUCCCCUCCGAAAUCCUGGAGAGUUGCUGCCAGUCAGUGAGGACAGUACGGAAUAGAUAGACCAAUGGUUUGACAGCUUCCUAGACACAACCUUUUGCAGAAUUGUGCAACCUUAACGCCUAUACAAGGGUCCAUUUAGUGCCAGUGUAGAUGAUAGCAGGUGGGUGCAGGAUACGUUUGUAUAAGAGAUGACACAGUGUGACCUAAGUAGCCAACAAAAAACCCCAACUUUUAGCACUUACACUCAUUUAAAAUCAAUCGAUGCAUUAAGCUAGUCUCAAAACUGCAGGCAUUUUCGCUAACAUUUGAUUUACUUACGCGCAGUAAGGGAAUGCUUUUCCUGAUCGGAUCAAUGUAUGAAUGUCCUUAUUUUCAAAGAAGUUACCAAUCUGAAAGAACAAAUUUUAUUUACAAAACCAAGUGCCUGGGAUAAUUAACAAUGAAUUGCCUCUCUUCUGAAGCACUUUUAAUGUUCUCUAGAGGGCAUAUUUGAACUUAAAAAACCUGAAUGUUAAUUGUGGAAAUGAGAAAUGUAAAAAUUUGUGAAGCAUGUGAGGGUAGUUGGCUGGAGGCAAAGUUGUGUUGGGUAGUUGAUGUUUUUUUAAGAUGACUGUGUAGAAGAACAUACUUUUUUUUGAAACACGAGUAAAAGGCUAACCAUAGCUGCUGAAUGAAAUGGUCAUUUUUUGGAAAAAUGGAAUGUUACUUCAGGCUGACACUGGUGUGAUAAAGUAGAAUAAUUCUCUUUGUUACUCUGACCUGGAGCUCAGUGCGCUGCGCAGGCUUAUUUACGUCAUGUGAAGAAAUUUGGUUCUGGAGCUGAAAAUUUAUGGUCUGUGUGUGCUAAAAGGUGCCCUUCCGCAAGGCGAAGAAGGCCUCUUCAGUUUGCAGCAGCAGCUUUCCUGACUUAGUGCAAGAUACUUGUGCGAGGAAAGCAAACUUUCUCAACCUCUUGAACGAUAUUCCUCUAGCUCUUGCACAGUAGUUCACAAACAUCAGACUUGGCCAGAAUUUCUUCUGCACAUGCUCCUCCAGGUGCAACUUCAUGUGUGCAACCAUGUAUGAGACUACUAGAUUGAGAUGCACGCAUUUAGGAAAGAAAAUGUGUUUUUCACACCAGUCCUGUGCUCAUAUCACAUCAUUGCUGCUUUGCCAGUGAAAUGUCCAGUGCAUGCCCAAGCCUGGAAGGGGGAAGAGAAAAUCCUCAACUAGAAAACACAAACAUGGUACAAAAGCUACAGGCAUGCCUCAGGUGGCACACCAAAUACUAAUAUUAUAGUGCUCUCCCUUUCCUGUUUCCUAAGGUGUGGUCAGCCCUGUCAGUUCCGACAGUGCUACACGGAGCAGGGGAUGCUUGCACCGAGAUUGUCAUCUGCUUAUAGCAUGUGAACAGAUGGCUAGCACUGUGAAGAGCUACCCCUGAAGGGUUAUCUCUUACGUGGCGCAGGAGUACUGUGUGUCCCCUCCCCAGAUGAAUGUGACUUUCUCCCUCCUACUCAACCAUGCCUGGCAGUUUCUCAAGCUUCCAAUAGGCUUUCCAUGGGUGGGACCAUGUCCCCAUUCAUGGUUCAUUUUUGUUAGAUCAGAAAAACAGCAGAAUGUGCUGCUGGUGCCUGUGUACCAUAGGACCACAGCUGACCUUCACCUGAAGACAUGCCUUUUGCCACGGCCUUUUUCUUGAAGGAGAGCUCAGUUGAUGGGUUUGCUUUCUACAGCUGGACUUGGUGAUAUCUUAAUAACCUUGGGUUGUUUGUAUCUUUGCCCCCUGUUUUUAUUAUUUUAGUAUUUUAUUGGAGUGUUUUUGAUAUCAUUGUUUCAUGCCGAACUUUAUAUUAUUGUUCAUUGCCUUGCAAUAAAUUCUCUAAAAGCGUUAAUUAAAAUAAGCAAAUAGUACAUUGUUGUUUUAAGUUUGGCCUGACUUACGUCACAGAGGAAAGCAAAAGUACUUCCAAUUCAAAAUUCCUCUAAAUGAAUGUGUGGCUUGAUGCUUCACUCGCCAAUCCAUGAAGCCACAAAUUCCCCUUAAAAAUCAUGGUUGUACUUUUCUCAGAUUUUCCGCACAACUCUACCAGUUAUUUACAAGUUACGACUUUUCAAGAUCCUCUCCCACCAGAUUCCAGUUUACAAAAGGAGCAGUAAAUUAAAGAUUCCGUGUCAGCACUGAUGUUUUCUUAUCAUAGUAUCAAAUUUCAAUCAUUAGGAUCAAGACUCUUUAGAUUCCGUUGCAAAAGAAUCCAAAUUCCACAUCAAGAAAGUCUAGUUUACUAGGUGUGCAUUAUUUAUUCCCCAGUGUUUGGGUGCUCAAAGAAUAUGGCAUUAUUAUUUUUAGAAAGCGCCAAAGGCCACCAAGUCACUCUUACUUGGGCUUUGGGAAUGGGGGUUUCAGAUUUUGUUUGUUCAUAAUGUGCCUUGGAGCACAGUCCCAGAAAUAAUUUCCACUGAUCUUGCCACAAGAGGUUUCCACAACCGUAGAGAAACAAACAGGAAGAUAAGAUUCCAAAACGUAGUAAGCAAAUAAGCUGAGCAAGUACAUCGCGUACAUGUAAAACAAUAAUCCCUCAGGAUGCAAAGACCUUUGCAUUUGGUAAUAAAGACUUCUGUUGUCUUUCAGGUACAUUUUAUUUUGUUGGCAAAUGAGUGACAGAUUUUUGCCUUGUGUGGAUGUGAACUGCUGCAAAUCUACAAAGAUAUUUUCUUUCCUUUUUAUAGCCAACAAGACGAUCUGCAAGACUGUCAGCUGUAAGUAUUUAUAAGAGCUUGUUUGUGUAGAUAGGAAGCCACAUUCUUUCUCAUGUCAAGCUUGACAAGGUGGCAGUGGCCAUGCCGUGUGGCGAGUGGUAAGCCAAUGUUACCUAGAUUUGGUGUUUAAUCCUUGAAUGUUAAUCAGGCGUCUGGAACGAUCAAACUUUCCUGAGCAGCAAGAAGCCCCGGGACAGCUACGAAGGGUUUUGUUUCCUUUUGGUCUGAGCACAAGAUCUGUAGCAUUUUUAUAAUAAUUUAUUUUACCUACAAAUAUGCACAUAGAGCAUAUUGGAAGGAACAGAUCUUCCAAUGUUGGGUAUCAGCACUCCUGAUCCUGCUUUAGAUACUCAGCCAAACUCUUGCAGCCUCUCUCCCCUAAGGCAAGUAGUAGAACUAGCUCCACUAUUUGUGGCCCCCUUCCUCUGGAUGAAAUGUGUCACUUUCCAAAGUCUGUAAAGGAUAUCUGGAGUGCACCCCCAGUCAUUAAAGAAUAUUAAACUCCAGUUGUUAAAGUUUCUGAGAUUUAUAGCAGGCACAAGGAACCUGUGGCUUUCGAGGUGUUGUUCGACUACAGUUCCCAUCAUCCUUGACCAUCAGCGAUGUCAGCUGGGGCUGAUUGGAACUUGAGUCCAUCAACAUAUGGGGGACCACAGACUCCCCAUCCCUGAUUCACAGGAAUCUGAAUAACCAAACUCACAUGUUGUGUUGGUUGGCUGGCUCCUAAUAUCCUUUCCAGAAAAGAAAUGUGUGGUCAUUUUGUGUGUGUGUGUGUGGAGAGAGAAAUGCAACCUCUUUUGGAGAUGACAGGAAACUGUUUCUCACAGUACAUCUAUAACGUGCAGAGAACCAGACUUUCAGACAUUUUGAUAAGAUAUAGAAGGUAAUUUUGACUGAAGCCUAUCUGUAGAAAUGGCCUCUGGCUUCUUUGGUGUCACAUGUUAAGAAGUGGGGAAAGGGGAAAGAUUAAGAAACAAUUGGUAGCAACUGUGCUAAUGCUUGGAUUGUCUGAAAUUCUUUCCUAGAAGCCAGCUCCACCAAAACCUGAGCCUAAGCCAAGAAAAACCACUAAGGUAAAAAUUUAUUUUAACAGUGGUUUGUUUUUUGUUUUACUCUGCCUACUGGGCGCUUUCUCUGUACCGCUAUAUUCUCUUGCUCAGUCUACCCAACAUGAAUAGAGGGUUAUAACUGUUAAUAGUUAAUGAAAUCAUUACAUCUUAAAGUAAUUAAAAUUAAUGUAGGAUUAACAUAAGAAAAGGCAGCAACUGUGGGUCAAGUCUGUGAAACUUUUGCAACAGUAAACAACCUGAGUUGUAGGCUCACAGCCUGGGAUAGUUGUCACAUAAUGUAUUGUUAUAAGCACAGAUACUAACAACAUUCAGAGGUGAAAACACAGUAUCUAUUUAUGGGAAAGGGAAUGAUGAAUCAAUUUCUUCAGUUUAGCAAAAUUUUAAGUUAGGAGACUAUAUUGGGCAUGAGCUCUGUUCUAUGAUUGCAUGGGCAUGUCUCUGGAAAACAAAUUAGCGAUAGUUUUUACUUUACAUAGUAAGUACCUUGCAGUUCUUCAUUGCUGGUGCACCUAUACCACAUUUUAAAUUUUAUUUUGUCACGAAAGCCAAAAACAUCUAAUUCUCACAAGGUGCAAAAAUAAAAUGGACACUCCUGAGAUUAAUUCUGCGCCCCCUCCCUUCCAUCAGAUUUAAGCCUGAUAAGCAGUAGCUUUAUAGCCCGCUCCACAAUCAAAGGAGCCCCAAGAGAAACGAUAUCCCGCUUCUCUGGAGUCUAGAGCUGUAGCAGUCUCCCAAUUAAGCUGUCAGCCAGCGUCAAUUGAAACCGAAAAGCACAGAUAUGAGAGGUCUGCUUUGAAUGGGCAUCCCGCCAGAGCAAGGGACUUUCCGCCUUCCCCUCUUUUCUUUUCAUGCACCCUGCACCCUCCCCAAAUCUGCUCUGGAGAGUUAGGGGAACAUCUAGAGCAAAUGGAGAGGGGAAUUCCUGUUGCACAAAUGGAAAUUGUUGCAGCGAUGGGACAUAUUACUUUGCGCUACCUUGGGAUAAAUGCCCAGUACUUCACAGAGGUGGAGCAACACUGAUGUUGUGUAUGGUUAGCAUGUCAGACUAGGAUUGAGGAGGCCUAGUUCAAAUGCUCCCUCAGCCAUGAAGUUCACUGGUAGACUUUGGGCCAGUCACUACCAGCCUAACUUACCUCACAGGGUUGUGAAGAUAAAAUGGAGGAAGUGUGUGCCGCCUUGAGUUCCAGGAAAUAAAGGCGGGAUAUAAAUAAUACCGCCGUGGCAAAGUAAUUUGUGUUGUUAUAUUAGCCUGAGAUAAAAGAAUAAUAGAAGCAUUGAAAAUAAUUGAUCAUUUAAGGGCUUCACACAGUUUGGUAAAUCCUAAUUAGAUAGAGCAUGCAGUUGUUUUCCAGCUGUUCUGACUUCAGCCCUGUCUUAAACUCACUUUGCCUUCCACCUUUUUCUCCCAAGCCAAACAUUACUGAACACUUGGCGAGCCAAGUAUGUAUUUGUAUAUAGCUCUGGAGCCCUCUCUCUCUCUCUAUAUAUAUAGUCCACACACCCACUGCCCUGCAUACAGUGAGGGCUUGGUUUGGCCUGAAAGGAGGGCCCCCACCUCUGAGCUGCAAUAUUUGCAGUGGGCUACAUUAUAGGGCUGGUGUAAGCUACUCACAGCAUAGUCCUCCAGCCUGCAAUCAAGGCAAAACACUUAACCGCUCUGCAGGGCUGUUGUACCCUGAAGACUACCAGCCUAUUUAUUUUUAUUUUUGUGAGCCAUCUUGAGUCCUGGUUCCGAGGAAAAGGCAGGAGACAAAUUGAAUGAAUGAAUAAAUUAACCUGGUUAUAGUACAUGGUUAAGGGUUUUUUUGCUAUGGCCAAAUCUGGGACAGGUUGCCUCCCCUUCCAGCUGGCUCUGAUAAAUGUUCUUUGCAAGUUUUGACCUUGCCUUCUAGAAAAGGAAUUAAUCAUUUCUUGCAAGCUCCACUCUCCACUGCCCUUAAGAACACUUACAGGAAGUCCAGUGUUCCAAUCUCCACAAAUCCGAUGCAAGUCAUUGGGGUCCUCCAGCUAGAGACAUGAGUGCUCAGCGAGUUAGAGAGCAUGGAGAAGUUCUGCAUGUGUCAGGCUCCUCCCCUCCCUGCUUUUCCUAGAGAGAAGCCUUCAUGCCACCACAUCACAGGAGAACUAAAGUAAUACCACUUCAACACGAUUUAGUGCCUUAAUUUAUUUAUAACAGGCAUAGACAACCUCGACCCUCCAGAUGUUUUCGGACUACAACUCCUACCAUCCCUAGCUAACAGGACCAGGAGUCAGGGAUGAUGGGAGUUGGUAGUCCCAAAACAUCUGGAGGGCCGAGUUUUCCUAUGCCUGAUUUAUAAGGUCAACAGGAUCAGUCCAGUGUAGAAACAGCUGUCAUGCAAGAAGUGUUAGUCUGGAUAAUUAGUUGUUUGGAGUUUCACCUUCUAGCAUAUUCCAUGUUUUUAUUAGCCAGUCCUUAAUAUAUAGGCACUUCCUGAGAUGAUAGAUGAUACAGUGGUGCCCCACAAGACGAAUGCCUCGCAAGACGAAAAACCCGCUAGACGAAAGGGAUUUCCGUUUUUCGAUGUGCUUCGCAAGACGAAUUUCCCUAUGGGCUUGCUUCGCUAGACGAAAAGGUCUUGCGAUUUUUUUCGCUCCCCCCCUUUUUCUAAGCCGCUAAUCCGCUAAUAGCCUUUUAGCCACUAAGCCGCUAAGCCUUUAAUAGCCGCUAAACCGCUAAUAGCGCUAAUCCGCUAAUAGGGUUGCUUCGCAAGACGAAAAAACCGCUAGAUGAAGAGACUCACGGAACGGAUUAUUUUCGUCUUGCGAGGCACCACUGUAGAUAGAUAGGUAGGUAGAUAAUCUUACCUCUCUACUGGAACCAAAAUAUUUUCAGUGCACAAGAUUAAAAUACCUUGUAGUUUUUUGGUCAUCUUCCACAGAAGUGGUGAAGAAAGAUGCUUUGGGUUCCUGCGUGCAAACACAUGUACGCCAAUCUCAUUUCUGGACUGGCAUAUGUACCUUUCCCUCUUCACACAAAACCUGGAAGGGUGGGAGGCGGAAAGGGAUUGUGCAUAGGUAGCUCAGCUGGUUAGAGCAUGGUGCUAAUAAUGCCAAGGUUGCUGGUUCAAUCCCCAUAUGAGACAGCUGCCUAUUUCUGCAUUGCAGGGGGUUGGACUAGAUGUUCCUCGGGGCCCCUUCCAACUCUACAAUUCUGUGAUUCCAUAGGAGCCCAGGUGCCUGUGGAAUGUGCCAAGAGAGCCUCCAGUGUUUUAUUUCUGAUGGGUUUUUGCAGAGCGCUCGCAGUUCCUGGGGAGCUUUCUUGGUUCUGUAAUGAAUCCAUCUCCCUCCGUUUGAUCUUGUUUUCCAGAAGGAACCCGGAGCAAAGGCCAGCAAAGGUGCUAAGGGGAAGAAGGAUGAAAAGCAGGAAGCGGCAAAGGAAGGUACUGCACCGUCUGAAAAUGGUGAAAGUAACACUGAAGAGGUACUUGGCGCGCAGAACUCCUGCCGAUUCACUCAGUUGUGUUUUGUAAUUCGGUUUUUCCAGCCAUUGCAAGCAUGUUCAUAAUAUUUCUUUUUAUUGCCCCGUGAUGUUAUUACAGAUCCGCAUCUCUCGCUCCACUGUUAGUGUUUCAGCAUCCAGAGGUGCCCCACCCAGCACACUGUCAGUAAAAGGGCAGAUUGAAACAGUGAAAGUUCAGGGUACGGUAGAGCAAUCUGCAUGUGUGCAGUGAAUAGAGGCAGAUAGUAGUGUGGUGCUUUUCAUUGUGAACAAUUGAAGCUGGCAGGUAAGGCUUCUCUGGCUUUUGAAAAUCAGGAACCAAUGAAUGUAAGAUUAUAGAUGUCCUGUCUAUAUUAAUGCAGUGUUUAAAAGUCUGGAACUGGGCUGUACAAAUACUGCAAAAGGAAAGAUUGCAUAUUGGUUGUGCUGCUUUUUUAAAAAAAAAGAGACUUACAUGUAGUGGUCAGUUGCCAAAACCUUCUUUUCCGUUUCCUUUUUUUGCAGGUACAGAGAACUGAAUCAGUAGAUGACAAGUGCGUGUGAACUGACAUGAACAUUUGAGGAUGAUUUUAUGUACCUCUAGACAACUUUUAAAAGAUAUUUUUAUCAAGUAUUUUGUAAAUGCUAAUUUUUUAGGACUUAAAAUAAGUUGACAAACUGUAUAUGAACAUUUCCCUCCUUCCAUACCCACGCUUCUAGAAAUCCCCAAUGUUGCCAAGUUUUUAAAAAGUAUCAGCUUAACAUUGGGGGAGGGGAAAAAGUGUUUGUAAGGUUGGACCAGCAUUCCAUAUUCUCGCUUUUCAGAAAUGUACGUCUUGUGCAUAUGGUGAUGUUUUUACCGUGGGUGUUUGGGUUUUUCUUGCGGUUUUUUCUAGAGCAAUAAUCCGUGGUGUUUUUGUACUUAAGGUUUAUGCGAUUUUAAUGAAACAUGUACAGAUAAUGGCCACCUGCUGACUCCUUUGGGUUCUUUUCAUUUGUUGACAAUAACGACGUCUCCUUGCCAGCAAAUAUAACCCCCCAAUAUUUUCACUAAAUCUGAGAUAUGCUGCCUUAUAGAUAACUUCGCUCUGGCUGGGAGGAUACUAAGCACACUUAUUUAGAAGAUAUGUCCCAUUGAUUUCACAACUUAAUAAUUUGGCAAUACAGCGCAUUGCUUAGAACCAGAGGAUUUAAAAUACAAAAUAAUUCCAACUAAGUGGGUUUUAGGUGAAAGCCAAAGCGCUGUGUGAUCUCCAUGGAGCACUCAUAAUACAUGCAGAUCUGUGCGAAAAGAUUCACAUAUGCAGACCAGCACAGCUUGCGACAAGUUGUGUCGUAAGUAGCCAGCCAACCAUACAUUGUAGGCUGCUAGGCCUUUCAGAGGUCGUGUCUGCAUAUGCAAAACCAGAAAGCUUCUUGAGCCCUGGUGGGCUGCCAUACAUGGCUGGCUGGGUCCAAGGUCUGACAUUUUAGCACAAGGUCUAAAAUGCCCAGCCAGGCAUGGCCAAACUUGGCCCUCCAGAUGUUUUGGGACUACAACUCCCAUCAUCCCUAGCUAACAGGACCAGUGGUCAGGGAUGAUGGGAAUUGUAGUCCCAAAACAUCUGGAGGGCCAAGUUUGGCCAUGCCUGCGAGGGGUCUUUUUCCAGCAUUUUUGUUUCCUGCUUCAACGUAAAUAGCACUCUAACAGCAGAAGCUGAGCUUUGGAAACUCAAUUUCUUUAUCGCUUAUGAGAUGCAGCUUUGAUUUCACAUCUCCUCUUAACCAAACCCCUGUUCCAUGUAAACACUGGAGAUUGUGCCACUGUAAUUUCUGUUAUGUUCCUGCUUUUAAUCUCUUAUUUGGCAAUUCCACCUGCUUUAUUGGAGGAAUGGUGGUCAAUGGAGGUUAAACAACAUCAUGUGGUACCUGGUAGAGAGGAUGAAGCUGGAAUAUAUUAAAAGGUCUGGGGUUUUAACGGUGGUGUUAAACAAGCUGAAUGAUUUCUAGUGCCCAUGCUAACACUGCUUUGGUCCAUUAUAAGCAUCUGGUCAUCUCCCCCUCUCUAUUUUUCUCCUAUUUUUUUGCCUGGAACUUGAAUAUUUCUAUUGUUUGCAGAGUGGGAAGGGAAAAUAUUUCUUGUCUUUUCAUAACAUUUAUUUUCAUUGCUGUGCUAGUGGCCAUAAUGUCUAGGAAUAUAUGCAUGUUUCAGUCAAUAAAUGAAGUAAUUAUCACCUAACCCCUAG